AUGUCAAACUUCAGCUGCCUCGGCGCCCCGGUGACCAUCGCGUGCCUUAACCUCGGAGAAGCAAUUCUCACUAUUGCUAGCAUGCUCACUGUGAUGCUGAUAAUUAUUCUUGGUAACCUACUUGUUGUCGUUACCGUAUACCGCGAUCGUAAGCUACGUCUUCAACGACAGAAUUGGCUCAUCAUUUCAUUGGCGCUCGCCGAUUUGUUGGUCGGCUUAUUAGUAAUGCCUCUAACGCUUAUCUAUGAAAUCACUGGAGAAUGGAAGAUGGGUAACGUGCUAUGCGAGAUGUGGCUUGCACUUGAUGUACUCUUUGUCACAGCUUCAAUCCUUCAUAUUUGUGCAAUUUCGUUGGACCGAUACUUUUCUGUGACGUCACCGUUAACUUAUCCGGCUAAGAGAACACCGAAACGAAUGUUCAUCUAUAUAGGUGUCGCCUGGAUUGUUUCACUGUUGAUAUGCCUACCUCCAAUUUUUGGAUGGCGACCAGAGCGACGACCAGGAGAAUGUGCAGUUAGCACAGAUAUCGGAUACGUCCUCUAUUCGUCACUUGGCUCAUUCUAUAUUCCUGUUAUUAUAUUAGUCAUUGUAUAUGCUAAAAUAUACAGUAUUACUAUUAAACACAGUCGGCAACGUUUAAAGGAAACGGAACGUCGUGACAACACUCUGAAUCUGCUCACAGCUAAACCUACUACUAAACAAAUUGUGGAACUUGAACUGCUCGAGGAGAAUUCGGAUGGUGAAGAAAAAGAUAACAGCAAUAAUAAGGAGGAAAUUAACCAAGUCUGCUGGCAAUUACGAAAAAUUUCCGAGGAACUUCCUAAAGUGAAACUGAAGAAGGUCAGCGCAACUCAGCGAUUACUGCACACUUUCGAAAAGAAACCUGCAGUUAUUCAGAAAAGCGAAAAGGAUUUGAGUGCUGAAAAACGCAGGCGAAAGUUAAAAGCGAAAGAACGUCAAGCAACGUUGCUUCUGGGAAUCAUCCUCUCCGCAUUUAUACUUUCAUGGCUUCCAUUUUUUGUUUUUUACGUAAUUGGAGCCUUCGGGUACGAAGCACCUGCUAUUGUAUUUAAAUUCUUUUUCUGGUUGGGCUACUGCAAUUCUGGCAUUAAUCCCGUCAUCUACACGGUGUUUAACAGAGAAUUCAAACGUGGACUUUGUCGUCAAUUGCGGAAAUUUGAACGUUACAUUGAACCGAUUACGGAUUUCUACAAGUAA